UGGGCGGCCGAAUGAAAGCUCAUCAAUCCCCUAAAGCAUAUAAUACCCAUACCUGCUGAGAAAGAGGAACGCAGUGCGUUCAUAACUGUUAUUCAACACAUUUCAUACUUUUCCCGCUCCUCGGAUGGUUUUCCUACAGUGGAUAUCUGUUGAGGGGACUUUCGGACUCUGAAGCCACUUUUUUCCCCUUGUUUUUUUCAAGCUGAGCGCAGCUACUUUAUUCUUGCACGGAUUUAACCGUUAAGACGCUUUUUUACAAACUGUGAACGUCUCAUCGUCAGUGUUUGGACCCGGGAUCGGGAGCCUUGGAAGUGCACGGCCAUGUAGCCCGAAGGACAUGGCCUGAUGCUGAAGACACCACAGCAGACAUAGCCUGCUGGUAAUCCGAUACCUUCCACCCUGGCUCAUCUAGAAAUCUCUGACUAGAGUUUGAUCAGUUUUUCUGCAGCCCCCCUCUCUUAGAGAUGGAUUUGGGGCUGUCAGCCCACACUGGUUCCUGUGCCUGCACUAACUGUUGGAAGCAUCAGAGUGGCUGUUGGUGAGGGACCCCCAACAGGCCCAGGAUGCCAGGAUGCCCAUCACUCAGGACAACGCCCUCAGCAUCCUCCCACUGCUGGAGAACUGGCACGGGGCUCAGACCACAAGAUCACAGCAGGACCACAACCUGAAUCAAGACAAUUCUGGCUACAAGCAGGUGGAUCAGGACUCCUACCAGAAUGGGGAAGGGGAUAGUGUGUGCAGUAGCAGCAGUGUUAACAGUGUUAAUGUGGAGGACAUGUCCCUGUGUCUGGCUGCCAUUCACAAGUUGAUGGAGUACAUUAGGUUCAACUUCAUGGACGGUGACACAGCUCCGUCAGCCAGCCCUUCCUCCUGCAGGGAGGGGCUAGACGUCGAGGUUCAUGCCGUUUCUCUCAGUAAGGACGAGGGGGAUAGUGCCGAGUUUGGCCUCAGCUUUGGGAACAUCCCUAUUUUCGGGGAUCCUGAUGGGAGAAAGAAGGGAGGCCCGAGGAGAAGGAGGGACCAGGGCCCCAUCAUGGAUGUGGGCUGCAUCUGGGUGACAGAGGUGAGGAAGAAGAGCCCAGCAGCACGCUGUGGGGGGAUCAAACUGAGAGACGAACUGCUGUCACUGAACGGACAGCUGAUGGUGGGAGUAGAUGUCAGUGGAGCCAGUUACCUGGCUGACCAGUGCUGGAAUGGAGGCUGUAUCUACCUAAUCAUGCUGCGGCGAGUAAAGCGAAAGGCUCCUCCCCCUCCCGGUAACGCGAAUGGCAGCGGCAGCACCCCUGUCAGCAGUGACAGCUGUGAAGACCAGCAGCAGGCCAGAGCCACUUCUGAGUCCUCCGACAACUCUGCAAACUGCAAACGCACACGCAAGCUUGGUGUCAUAUCCCGAUCGUCCUUUACCCGAGACAAAAUGGACACUACCGACUCAGGACUCCAGAGCUGUUACAACGGCUACAAUGGCUCUUCUGUCCCCACUGAUGCAGCAGUCAGUCCUCCGGGAGAGGACUCCGGCUGCAUCCUGUCCACAUCCACAGAGGAAAGCCCAGACGCCUUUCCUAAGGCCAGAACUCUUCCCCAGCGUCUACACGGUGGAGGCACUGCCACCCUGCCUGCAAGGUGUCACAGUCAGCUGUUAGAAUGCAAAAUGGAUUCUUUCAGCAGUGAACCUUCCAGCCAGCCCAGAGAGGGCAGCCACAUCUGGAAGAUGCACAUGGUGAAGGGCGAGGAGGGCCUGGGCAUACAGAUAACAGGGGGGCGUGGCUCCAAGCGCUCGCCGCAUGGCAUCAUCAUAACUCAUGUAGAGAAGGCGGGCGCCAUUCACAGGGACGGUCGUCUUCAGGCUGGGGAUGAGUUGCUGAUGAUUAACGGUCAGUCUCUGGUGGGUCUCACUCAUCAGGAGGCUGUUAAUAUCCUCCGUUCCACUUCUGGUCUGGUCCAGCUGGUGGUGGCCAGCAGGGAGGAGUCAGAUGUGGGUUUUGAGCGCUUCCCAUCCACCAGUCUGCCGGACCUGGUCAGCACCUGCAACUCCUUGUCCUCCCUAUCUCACAUGGCCCCCUCUCGCUUACCCCAGACUCCCAACUGCAGCAACCCCUACCUGGUACACAGAGAUAACAUGUUGACUAACUUGGAGAAACUAGAAGGAAAAAGUCCGGGAGAGGUCCCCAAAGGAUCCUGCGCCAGCCCCACACCUAUGAAGAACUGCAGUCGAUCCCAGGGGGGAAACAGUCGCUUGGAGUCAGUGGGCGAGGACGAUGAGCUGUUUGUGGAGAAUGGUGUGAGCAGCGUUGAAGUGGUGGAGAAGCCUCCGCCCGGCCGACGUAAACACUCCUUACCUCAACAACUAGAUACUACUGUGAGACAGGAGUAUCAGAUAAUUAAGAAAUCAACCCGCUCCCUGAGCACCAUUCAAGUGGAGUCUCCAUGGCGACUGGCACAGCCGUCCAUUAUCUCCAGUAUAGUGCUGAUGAAAGGCCAGGGCAAGGGCCUAGGAUUCAGUAUUGUUGGUGGGCAGGACUCUGCACGUGGUCAGAUGGGGAUUUUUGUCAAAACCAUUUUCCCUCAUGGAGCUGCAGCAGCCGAUGGACGGCUGAAAGAGGGAGAUGAGAUUCUGGAAGUGAAUGGAGAGUCUCUCCAAGGACUCACACACCAACAGGCCAUCCAGACUUUCAAGCAACUGAAAAAAGGUGUAGUGACACUGACAAUACGAACCCGUCUGCGCAGUCCCAGCCUGACGCCCUGCCCAACCCCCACCCUGCUCAGCCGCUCCAGCUCACCCAACUCCAACACCAGCGGGGGAACACCCGUCCCCUCAGGUCUUGAAGAGGCUGACAGCCACAGGGGCCCCGGGCCGGGUCCAAAAGACUGCAUCAUCAUGGAGGUCACACUUAACAAAGAGCCUGGCGUUGGUCUUGGGAUUGGAGUUUGCUGUCUGACCCUGGAGAACUCUGCUCCUGGCAUCUACAUCCACAGCCUGGCGCUGGGAUCUGUGGCCAAGAUGGACGGCAGGCUCAGCCGUGGAGAUCAGAUCCUGGAGGUGGACUCGGUCAGUCUGCGUCAUGCUGCUCUCAGCGAGGCCUACGCCAUCCUCAGUGAAUGUGGCCCUGGACCGGUCAGUCUCAUCAUCAGCAGGCAUCCUAACCCCAAGGUAUCAGAACAGGAGAUGGAUCACAUGAUAGCUCGAUCCACACACAGGGACAAAAUGAGCAAAAACAGACAAUCAUCUCACUCCCAAGGUGUGUCCUGUAAGAGCCCCUCCCCAGCGAUGAAGGACAGGCAGGGAGACGGGUCCCCCACUCUCAGCUGGACCAUGAAGAGAUUCCUUGAGCCUGCCAGUAGACAGGGGUCUCUGAGCUCAGAGACGGAGUUAUCUCAGUACUUCUCCCAGGACUCUUCCAGUCACUCCUUCUUGUCUGAAUCCAUGCUGAUGGGCUCCAACAGUGAAGAGGCGCUCCACCAGCAGAGCUACAGUACUUCCAUGGAUGACAACUCAUCACAGCCACAUGCAUUCACCUCUGUAACAGAAGUGGCAAGUGACCCUGUGUACAACACAUCGCAAGACAAGACCCCUGUUCCUCUCAGUCACCAUGCAGAGGCAGUGUGCCAGCUCGUCGCUGGCUCCAGCCCCACCUCUGUGCGAAGCCCCCUGCUCCGUCAGCGCCGCCUCAUGUGCUUCGAGGAUGAGCUCAGCGAUGGCGAGAACUCCGACAACGCUAGGAACACCGGGCUCUUCCACAGCCCAACAAAAUCUGACUCUGUCAACUUCAAUGAUGCCCAAGCAUCCGAAAUGUCCAAACGUGGUUCAGCAGUUGUAAGUGCUGCAUCGACGUUAGAUAUAAAUGGAAACCGUGACGAUGGUAGGGAUUUGCAGAGGUGUGGCAGCGACGAUGUGACAACACCACUCUAUGGUAGUUUCUCACAGUGUGAGGAAGGUAAGUCAGAGUCACCUGGUUCAAAGUCACCCUUCAUGCAUAUUUGCAACGCAGGAGGGGCAAGCAGUAUGGGCUCCAGGCCCAGUAAUUUGACCAUCAAUAGUGAGAACUAUACAAACCAAGAUGAUGGACAGUUGGAGUCAAAGCGCUCCCCCAAGCUUGAGCAUAAAGCAGUGACACGGGUCAAAAGUAUGAUGAGCAUUGAAGCACCAAACUUGCCCCAGCAGCAAAAGCCCAAAGUGGAUGAGCCCUCUCCAGGCUCGGGCCCAUCCCAGCCCCCUUCCCUUGUCACACCGUGUGGGAGAAACCCCAAGCCUGCAGGUGGGUUGGUACCCCAUCAGCACUGUAAGAAGGGAGAUGCCAGUGAGCUUGUGGGUGUUUGUACCAUCGACACUGUGACCCUGAAGAGAAGCGAGGAUGAGUCCUUUGGUCUCGACCUGGAGAUUAUGUCAUCCCCUCUGAAAGUUGUCGUUGCUGGGCUAAAGCCUGGAGGUGCGGCAGAAAAGGAAUCUACUGGUAAGCUGUGUCGUGGAGAUGAGAUUGUGAAAAUUGGGGAAAAGUCGGUGCGCUCGUCUUCUUACCAGGAAAUCUGUGAGCUCAUGCACAACCUUCCCAUCACAUUGUCCUUGGAAAUAAAGAGACCAGUUUCAGCUGUAGAUCGACUGUCCAGUUUGAUAAUGUCAUCAGGGAGCAGUGAUGGAGCCACUAGAAUGAACCCAGCCAGAUCUGUUCAGGGGACUUCUAAUGAAGGACAAGUUACAAGUGCAAAUUCUGGGAAUUCCAACCACACAAGCCAAACAGUUCAUAACUUCGAAAUACCCAUCACCAAUAUAGAUGACAUUUUAUCAGAAGUGAGCAGUGAUAAAAACACACACACCAAAUGUGAUGAGCCUGUAUCCUCCUGUUCAAACCAAAAGACAAUAACCCUGUCUGAGAAAGCUGGCAUACAGGUUCCAAUACAGUCCGGUCCCCUGGACUGUUCCAUCUUGGAUGCAGGAAGUGAAAAAGGUGCCAUGUCUCCUGUGGAGACAACACAUGCGAACCAACUAAAGGAGAGCAGCUCAGAUGUUUUCAAUGAAUCACGUCCCAAAAGGCCUGAUGAUGCUGGUCCUAAGUAUAUGUACCCCAUAGAAGAUGACAGUGAUGAUGACAGUAACUCCACCACUGACAGCAGUGUAAUGCUCAAUACGAUGGCCAGUGGUGGUAGUCUUCAUGAGCCCUCCUCAGAUGAGGAGGAAGUGGAGCUUUGUUCAUUUGAUGCCCAGCAACCUGAUGCUGGUGGACUCUCACAUUUAAGCCAGUCACCAAAUGGGUCUUCAUCUUUUCAGCAUGCUAGCAGUCCGAACACAAACCUGGACCAGUGCUUUGAUGUGUUGCAUGUCUCUGCUGAUGUCGCACUGACAAACAAAGAAAACUUUGUUACAACUACCCAAUACUCACAGCUCUCUCAGUUGUUAGCGCUCUCCUCUACAGAGCAACUAUGCCAAUCUUUCGACAUUGCAAUACCUGUGUCUUCUAUGAAGUGCCACAAUAAUAGUGCCACUGAAUCCUGUGACCAAGUUCAAGCAUGUGUGGCAUCCAAUCCUGAAAGUCUAAGCACUUACAGCAGCCCCUCUCCUCCAGUUAGCCACAGUGCCACACAAGGGUCUACUGAAAACGUGCAUGCAGAUGCCUCACUGACCUCAGCUUUAUUGAAGCACUUGGAUAUACAAACACCCCAUUUACCUUCAAUGGAAUCAGAGACCUCGGAUUCAAACAUCAGCAGAUCGGAUAAAAGGGUGUCAGCAUCAAUGACAAACAAAGAGAGAGUCUUGGAGUGUAGAACAAAUUUAAACCCACAUGCUAUAUCUGUGCUUAAGAACAACUCUGGGCUAAAACUCCUUGAUAAUUUAGACCACCCUGUGUGGAGUAGUAACUUUAAACUCCAGGUUGAAACUCAAAUCAGACCAAACACUAGUGCUCCCAAAUUAAAGGGUCUAAGUAUGAAGAGUAAGAAGAAACCACAGGAGGAGCUUUUCCAAAAAUAUACCAGGAGUGAAAGUCCACUUCCUUUAAACAUCAAUGCUUCCUUGAACCCGUCAACAAAAUUACCACCAACAGCAACCAUGUCCAGCUUUUUGAAGACCAAUAACCAGCCUGAUAUCAACAGCAGUCUUGAUAUGCACAAAGAAGGUGACAGAUGGCAAGUUACAGCUGAGCCGUUCCCUUCAGGUAGCACAUUACAAACUGUACAACUGGCCAAAGAGAAGGACAUCCAUUUGGGCUCCAAAGCACCAGCCAAAUCACAGAGCCAAUCCCACCCCCCUGCUACUCAGAGAACAUUUAUAGAAGUUCGACUGUCUUCGUUAUCUGGCUCAUCACCGCCAGUUAUGGCACACAAUGAUACAGAGAAUUCAAAAGACUCUAAAUCCCCUCAAAGAGGCACAUAUGCAAGAUUAUCGCCCAUGCUUUCUCCUGCCAACCCCACAGUAGAAAAAACUAAUGGCAUGGUCAGUACCACAGUAUUUAAUUCACUGUGUUCUACUAAAUAUGAAACUAAUUCAACUACAAAACCCAGUGGUAUUGUGGAGACAAGUGAGACCCUAAAGUCCAGCACAUCCAGACUGUACAUUAAGACAAUGGAAAGGCAAAGCUUCUCCACGGACACUGCCUUGUCUGCAGACUACAAUCCCUUCUCUGUACGACAUAAGAUAAAGUCCUUUGAAAACCUGGCUCACUUUGAUAAGCCGGUGGCUAAAAGCAGUGACAUUCAGUCUUAUGCUCUGUCAUAUAGAGCCUCACUUAACCAAAGGAUUGCUGGUUAUAUGGGGUUGGUUAAUUCUAUUGACUACCGGGCACGGCAAAAGAGUUUUAGUUCUUAUGUGGAGAAUCUACUCCCUACCACACCCUGCUCACCUCUUCUUGGUAAAUCUCCAUCUAGCAUUACACUAAUAAACCUUGAGCUUCCACAUUCAAGCUGUGACACAGCUCCCCUGACUGAAGACAAUAGGGAGCCUCAAGUUCAGAAAGCUCUAGAUGGGACAGCACCACAGACCCCUCAGGUGCUGCGGAGGAAACCUGGCAAACUUCCUCGCUGCAGGUUGCGGCAGCUCAGGGCUCUCAGUAUGCCCGAAUUGGAAAAACUAUGCACAGAGGACUUUACCAGAGACCAUGGUACAGCCGUAGAUACAGCUGAGCCUGGCAGCUAUCCCGCUAUACUCACGGAAACCACAGUGACUAAGAGCUAUCCACCUGCUGCAAGCCUGGAUGUGACAACAGUUGGUGUGAACAGGGUGAGCCGAGGUGAUCCUGGAUCCACUGAAAAGACUCCUCAAGGAACCGCAGAGAGCCAUGGACAACCGCCUGGCUGGUCAAUCAGUUUAAAGGAGCUGGCUGCGUCUCCUGUGGCUCAGCAUAAGCUGCAAACACUGCUGUCCUUCCCGACAAUAAAAUCCUACGUGUCGGCCCUGCUGCAGGAGGCCCAGGCCCUCUCAGAGGUUAACGAUAACACUCAGCUUGUGUUCCUGAGCAAAGAAGAAGGCUCAGGGCUUGGUUUCAGUAUUGCUGGUGGAGUCGACCUGGAGCAGAAGGCAAUCACUGUUCAUCGGGUCUUCACCAAAGGAACAGCUAGCCUCGAAGGCACAAUCCAGAGAGGUGACAACAUUUUAUCCAUAAAUGGCACAAGUCUAGGAGGUAAAACCCAUGGAGAGGCUGUGUCUUGCCUUCAUCAAGCCAGGCUGUCCAAUCAAGCCUUAGUCGUCAUUUGGAGAGACAAGGACAGUGGACCGAGUGUCUCGGAUAUGUAUGACUCGGCUGGCCAGCCAAUGAGGAUGUGUUCUGCCAGACAGAAGUCUGUUGAAGCUGGAGCAGUGGUGGAUGUGGGUCCAGACGGGGCUGUGACGGUGGAGCUUCACAAGUCUUCUGCUGGCCUGGGGUUCAGUCUGGAAGGGGGGAAGUCCUCAAGCCACGGAGACCGGCCUCUCAUUGUCAAACGCAUCUUUAAAGGAGGAGCGGCAGAGCUGUCCGGCAGUGUCCACGUUGGCGAUGAAGUUCUGUCUAUCAACGGCUGUUCUCUGGAGGGCCUCAUGCACCACGAUGCCUGGAAAAUCAUCAAAGCCACUAACGAGGGGCCCAACCACCUCCUCAUCCGCAAGCCCAGGACCUAACUGUAACGGACAAGGAAAAAGAAACCUCCUGACAAGGACCAAUGUGAAACAGCCCUCUGAAACAGUGGAAACAAGGAUUUUCUGACAGACUUCAUUUGAGUUUUUUGUGUUUUGUCUGGUUACACGUGUUUGUACUUAGAAAUAGGUCAGAUUGGAUGGACCACUAACUAUUGUGGUGUACAUUGCUGUAUUAUGAUUUAUUUCAGAUGGGAAGUGCAGUUUGUUUACAAUA